AUGGAGAAAUACUGUACAGUCGCGGCUCCAUUUGUGGACAACGAGCUUCGACCACGCUCGUUCUCAGAUUCCCAAGGAAGUCUUGCAGCAAAUCGCUCCGCACUCCGACAGUACCAACUCAGAGUAUCGGGUCGCCGAGUGCCCACGAGGUCUCAAGCCAGCUGUGCGCCCUCGGAUGUGCGCCACCGGACGCAGUCGCCAGACUCGUCAGGCUCCGACUCGAAUCAAGCGACGGGACGCAAACGAGGCUUCAGCCAGGUCACAUCUUCCCCUUCCGCGCAACGAGCGGCUCGUCAAAGCGAGGCUGCGAAAGACCAAGGCAGCCAUUCCAAACGCUAUGAUGCACAAUUUUGCACCCAGCGAUGCUUAUUCGGGUUGCAGACUGGAGGUAUCCUAGACAACAGUUGCCCAAACAUGAAGCUCCAUCGUCGGGGCCAAGAUGUCAUGAAACAUUCCAUCACCUCGGAGGAUUUGGUGGGGUUACUCAAAGCACAACUGGAUGAAAACAUUGACCGAUGCACGCCCCUUGGAAAUUGCGGGGCAUACGGCGCGCCGUUUAAACUCAUUUGUGCUAAAUAUGGCUAUGUUGUCGUUGGGAAAGGGACCACGUCGGAUCUUUGGAAAGAAGUCUCCCGCGAAGCGCUGGUAUAUCAAGUCCUGCGGAAGGCUCAAGCAUCCGCUGUGCCUGUUUUCCUCGGUACAAUCGACUUGAAAAAAAUUUAUUUUCUUCAUGGGGCUGGAGAGAUUCGUCACAUGCUCGUCAUGGGCUGGGGGGCGAAAGCACAGCCACGAUGGAGCUGA